AUGACGACUUUGGUGACGACCCGGCGGCCGCUUCAAGUUAUUAGCAUGGGCAACGAGCGCGAGCGACGGUUAAGCAAACGUCUCGCUGGUAAGUGGAUUGAUGACGAAGGUGAAGGCUUUCUAAAAGGGCGACGCGCUGACGAGGAAAAUCCAGCGGCGGUGACGGAUUUCGAGCAUGACGACGAUUUCGCAUUUGUGCGAAAAUCAAAGAGGAUCAAGACGAACAAAGGACCUGAAUUAGACCUGGAACCCCAGCCCGAACCAGUGAAGAAACCUUCGAAAGGACGUCCUGUAACAAAAGAACGAGUUGCUCAAAGCUUUAAAACGAACGGAACGAUCUUGGAGGAGGAACCAACAGAGAAGGAACCGAGCGCGACUGCAAAGUCUACAACAAGGAAGAGCAGCAGGCAAAAAGCGAGUGCGGACGCGUCAGAUGAACCGCCUACAAAGACUACCAAGAAGCAACCGACCAAGAGGAGCACGCGACGAUCGGAAAAGCUAGACGAUGACACCCCUCAACCCGCACCAAUAUCAGAGCCAGAGCCAGAACCUGCACUUGUACCAGCACCCGAUCCUCAACAAGAAACAGCACCACCACCGCCAAUAACGAAAGCUUCUCGCGCCAAUGGAGCGUCUAAGAAACGUGGAAACCGCGUCAAGUCCACCAAACCACCCCCAGAUUGGGACAAGUCGCCCCAGCGAGAAGCGCCUGUUCAAUCCGCUACAAUUGCGCUGCCCAUGAGCGACACCCCCAUUAUCAAUAGAAACAAAGAGAUGCGGAAAAAGGGCGGCAACUCCAACAGACGAAGCAGCUUGGGCAACCGAGGACGUAGAGCGAGCUCAUUAAUCGAGAGUGGCUCAACAGCGAUACCCCACCGGGAAGUCAACCCAGCAGACUUUUACAAGCAUAUUGAAGCUGAGGGCUUGACGGAACCUCGACGUAUGAAACAACUGUUGACCUGGUGUGGCGAGCGUGCAUUGGCAGGGAAGCCUCGUCACGGCACACCGAAUUCUAAUGCUAUUCUUGGUGCUCGUGCCAUACAGGACCAACUACUAAAAGACUUUGCGGCUCGAUCUGAGUUUUCGGACUGGUUUAGUAGAGAGGACGACAAACCCAAAGCCCCUGUAGUGUCAAAGCCUAACCCAAGGAACGUGGAGCUUGAUGAGAAGAUGGCACAGCUUGAGAUAAACAUAAAAAGACUACAAGAGGAAAAGAAAUCAUGGCAAGCAAUACGGAAACCGCUGCCUGAACAACCGCCCCUUUUUGCUCCAGAGGAGACCGGACCUAUCGUGUUGCCCGACUUUGAUCUUUUAGAUCCCGAGGAAGGGAAAAUUCGAGGGUUCCUAGCAGACGAGAAAGUAUCGUUUGAAGCAGUCCGUUCACAAACAGAAUCACGACUGCGGACAAUACAAUCGACGCUUGAGUUCCAGGUCGACCAACUCGCUGAUAACGUCCAUAAGCUUGAGCAGCGGGUUCUGAUUGCAGGCAAAGAAGCGGAUAAGGUCCUCAGUGUCAGCGCUCUACGACUUCGACAACGUGAGGAGAGGGAGAAGGCAAGCGCAGGAACAAGGGAUAUGCCAGUUAUUGAGGUUCUAAGGAGCCUAGGGAAUAUUCUACCAGAAGGGGGCGGGUGA